UAAUUCCCACACUGACUGCAGACGGAUUCUGCAAGGGCUCUCUGAUGGAAGUGAUGGUGGAAGUUAUACAUGUAUGUUGAUAUUUCUUCUAAAACGAUAUUGUUUACACAUCACUGAUGGCGAAAAGAUCUUGCAAGCAUGCAUAACAUCUACCGUCCAUAUGUCAUGUCACGUUUAACAGAAGCCCUCACGUAUGCAUACUUUUCAAUGUAAUUAGCCAUUAAGUUGGCACGAAACAAUACUAGAGUGCUUGUGUCUACUUGGCUUCACAUUCUCACUUCAUGUGACUUUGUGCUACUUAAAGAAUCUUAAUGUAAUCCUUUAGAGAAGGGAUUUAACCUUAACACAACUGUUGUAGGAAGAGGCAGGAUGAGUCUUUUGGACUUUGAUUAAUAGCUGAGUCUUUCUUUUUAAAAUUCACUUAUGUGGAGACAAUAAGCAGGGUGGUGUUUGUUCAAGCAUUGUUUCCAGAGUCAGCUUUUGGUAUUGUGGUUUUGCCAAUUGUUUCUGCAGCUGAAAUUCAGGAUGGAAGGCUGCCAAGUAACCAGGCUGCACAGUAAUAGGAGUAAGACGCCAGCUUGAAGGCUAAAUGGCUGUGAGCAUGUCCGUAAAUCCAAUGUGAUCAAUCCUCACUGUGAUGCUCUUCAUGUAACCACAUCACAAAUCAGAUGUUACUCAUGCUUUUGCUGUAGCUAGAGACGGAGUACCACCACUGAUGCACUAAAAGGAACCAGAGCACAAGGAAUCACAGGUCUCUGGACUUUUUGACAUAAUACCAAACGUGUCAAAAAUGGGUUCACCUUUACGAUUCAUUAUGCUCACAAUGACUCUCUCUUCACUUGGAAGCCUGAUUCAAACUACACAAUCACUGGACAACUAUGAUUCAGUCCGAACGACUCGAAGGACAGCCAAAAAUAACACUGCCCCAGACAGGUUUUCCAGUGAGGCAGUCUUCCAUUCAGAGAGCAGUAGUGACUCUUUAGAGGGAAGUGGUGUCGACGGUACAGCGUCGCAGAAACUCAUCUAUCCAACUGUCAUUCCAGAGGAGCCCAAGCGAGCUGCCAAUAAAAGGCUUUCUGGAUCUGGAAUCACCUUAACUACAACUCCAGCACUUACUCUACACCAAUCAGAAGCUCACAGGCCUAAUGCUUCAAUUACAGGAUACGCUCACUCCAGCGUGCACAUUAUCUCAGAGGAAGCUCUCAGCCGCAUAGCAACUGAGGAACAGUUAAAAGAGAGUCAUAAAUCCAUAGUAAAUAAUGAUUUUCUGGAUGGUCUGUCCUCAGACAUGGAAAGUCCUAAACACCCUGUCCAAAACAUCGUGUUUACUUCGAUGAUGGACCACAACCAGUCAAGACCCGGGCUUCCCUGUGUCCUCGGCCUCAGUCCUUGUGUUGUUCUUCCAAACUUUAAUGGCACCAGUCUGCUCUGGGAUGACAUGAGGCGCACACUGGCAUUUGCCUGGGAACUUCAUGUCUUUGGAUCUGCCAGCCUUUUCAUAUUGAUGGCAGUCCUGGCAGUUAUGGGAAUGGCCGGUGCAUGCACUCUUCCCUGUCCUGUCUCUGAUGCCUUGACCCUGGCAAAUAGUUUUCUGAUUCUGAGUGGUACUCUGCGUGGUGUCCUCCUUCUACUUGAUCCUUAUGGCACCCGUCAGAUCCUGUCUCGUGCUACUUUGGCAGCACUCCAUAAUAUUCCUCUACAGCUCCUUCUGUGGACACAGGUUGCCCUCACUCUGGUCACACUCAGAGAUCUGAAUUUCUUACUUUUCCCAUUAAAGCUACAGCGUCCAUGGGUGGUUGGAGGGCUGGCUAUAUCACAUUGCACCCCAUUAAUUGUAGCAGAUCUUUUCUCUCCAACUUGGUCCCUUGCCCUCCCUCUGCUGCUGCAGACCCUCUCCCUCUGCUGGGGCCUCCCAUUCUGCAUGGGUAUCCUUCCCAAAGCUUGUUCUCAUCUACAUCCCUUUCUCAGGUCCUCUGUUCCUCAGUGGGUUCCCUCACAGAGGAUUGAAAAGUGUGCAAAACGAUCUCCUCUGGCUUUACGGGCUAUUGGGGAACUGGAGGCGCUUUGGUUGGGGAUGGUGGAUCUCUCAGUUCUGGGCCAGAAUUCUUGA